AUGAAUUACAACGAUCAAUGGGUUCCAGGUAAUUUGACCUGGGACCAGCUCAACUUUCAUAGCAAUUGCACAGCAUGGGGACAAUGGCUGGGUGCGUUGGUCCAACCAGAUCCAUGGCAACCAAGUCAAACUCGCGGAAACAGCUUGGAGCUAUCAGCCGCGCUGUUCUUCUACUCAGUACCCAAGCAUAGCCUUCAGGCCGACCAGUUGUCCACAUUAUAUGUCGAGAUUGCCUCUUGGUUCACAUACAAUAUGGCGCACACACCGGUACCGGCGGGCGAGGCCUUUCCCGACUAUUGGCUCUUCAGCCCGAACUUCACAUCGCUCGUGAUCAACGAUCCGAAACAAAAGUGUGCAGCCGAGUACUGCAAGGCUGCUGGAUAUACGGGAAGCCAAGAUCUCUCUGGCAUCGGAGUAGUGGUAUCAUAUUUCCUCGAAGCCCUUCUCGGGACUAUGUAUCUCAUUGCCUUUACAAUCCACCAAACCAUCCUAUAUUUCAAGAAGAACAAGCCGAAAAAGUCUCGCCCGCAACAAGCGCAAACAGUCAGCGAUCGGAUUCUUGAUUCCUUCCGUGGAUCGCUAGACAUGUUUCUAGGCGGCGCCAUGCUCAUUGCCGUCGCAAUGCUUGGAGCCGCGCUAUACUCAAGCAUAACUCAGGGUGAAGAAAAGCGUAAAACGAACCCGGACCUACCGUCUGGCGAAGCGGUCUACGAAAUGCCUCUGUCGCUCAUCGCAUCCAACUUUUCCGUCUUCCCAGUCAUGCUUCUCUAUGCUUUAGUGAAGCACGAGGGUCAUCGCAAGUGGUUGCAUCGGUCGGUCCUCUUGAUUCUCUGGGGCCUCAGCGCUUCCGUUGUCUUCCUUGCGCCGAGAGCCGAGAUCGACUAUGACGAGCGUAAGAGCGGCCGCAGAAAUUUCGACUGCGAUCAAAGAGGUUCUCAGUACUGGCAGGUCGUCAAAGCCACGCAAUUCCUAGUUAUUGCAUUGCCUCUCCUGUGGCUCGUCAUAACGCUGUUUCUCACUACUGGCUUCAAGAUACCCGGUAUGGUCGACAAGCCGUGGGUCAAGACCUGGAGAGGAAUCUGGCGUCUUCUAAUCGCCUGGAUCAAUCUUUUCCUCAUGUGGGGAAUUCUGGCCUACUUUGCGCAUUUCCGGCAAAAGAUCAUCGAUACUGCAGGCGGCCUUGACAAGAACGACGAAUGGACUUUUGGUCAGGUUCUAGCCCUAGCUGCUUGGGUCCCUGUAGUAGCAGAGUUAUUCUAUAUUUUGGCUUUCGGGUUGGAGGACAGUCUAUCGGGUCACAUGCCUUCAGAUUAUCACGCAUCGAAUGUCAAGAACACGGCUCAAGCAUACACGACGAUAGGAGCUCCUCUUCUCCAGACUGAUUCCACGCAUACGCAAAAUGUAAACCAGAGUUCUGCAUACAAUAUGGAAUCGAUGUACGACUUGAAGAUCAUUCCGACGACUACAUCAUCUGCAGUAGUCACAACUCCUCCUGAGACUUCGUCAAACCUUGCCUGGAACGAUCCUAGCUAUCUGCCAUUUCAGCAACAGCAGCCUCAUGUCCAGAGGCACCAGUCAUGGGACCCGUAUUAUCAUACUGGAUGGUGA